GAGUAGUACCAGAUCAGCCCAUCCGCCACGAGAUCAUCCUCGAGGCCGGGGCGGUACCUCCACAUGGUUGCAUCUACCGCAUGAGCGAGGAAGAGUUAAGUGUGCCAUGGGCACAACUCGACGACCUUCUUGAGAAAGGCUGGAUUCGGCCUAGCUCUUCUUCAUAUGACGCUCCCGUUCUCUUCGUCCAGAAGAAGAACAAGGACUUGCGGUUGUGCAUCGAUUAUCGCAAGCUCAACGCACAAACCGUCAAGAACGUUGGCCCUCUCCCGCGCAUCAACGACCUUCUCAAAUGGUUGGGCGGCGCUAAAUCUUUCUCCAAGUUUGACCUCAAAUCGGGAUAUCACCAACUUGAGAUCCGGCAGGAGGACCACUACAAGACCGCGUUCAAGACGCGAUAUGAGCGUUUCGAAUGGCUAGUUAUGUCGUUUGGCUUUACGAAUGCCCCGACCACGUUCCAAGCGACUAUGACGACGGAGUUCCGACAGAUGCUGGACAAAUUCGUACUCAUCUAUCUCGACGAUAUCUUGUUGUACAGCCGGAGUUUGGACGAGCAUGUGGAGCACCUGCGCACCGUUUUGGAACGGUUACGACAAGCCAAGUACAAAGCCAACCGCGACAAAUGCGAAUUCGCGAGGCAAGAGCUCAAGUACUUGGCCAUUUUCAAGCCCCACAACCGCAAUCCCUAUGGCGAGUUGCGUCCGUUGUCUAUCCCACGGGAACCCGGCCUCUCCAUUGCUAUGGACGUCACCGGCCCGUUUCCCCGUGACCGCCUCGGGCACGACGGCAUCCUCACGGUCGUUGACCGUUUGAGUGGCUACCGCCGUGCUGACUGGGUCGUCGCCGAGUGCAGGUACCACGCGGAGCUCCGGCUAUGGUGCCAGGUUCUGAUGGAUGCGGCGGAGGCGGAAACGAAUACGGUAGAAUGCCGGGUGCACUGCGUAAACAUUCUGAAUGAGAUUUGCGCCGAUCCUGGAUGUCGAGAUUUAUUUCUCAAGAAGCUUCGCGGUGUGGAUAUGCUCCUCCGUCUUGCCUACCCUUAUGAGAGGAGGGAGGACCAGUACGAGGGGAUAGUUCGAAUGGCACCUCUGCAGUGCCGCCAAGCGACUGUUCUCUUGUGUCUCAAUUGCGACGAUAAGGCGAGGAUAAUCACAGAGCACAACCUGGAUACGAUGGAACGGUAUGCCUUCAUACUAGUCUGCUGCUCGCCGGGGUUUCUGUUGAAUCUGCCAACGGCGGGAAUGUUCUUGCGACUCGUGGAGCUGCUACACGAUGUCACGAUGAGGUGUAGGCGUCUGCCUCGCACCUUCCUCGUGAAGCUGGGGAGAUCGAGUCCGAUGUUCGAGAUGAUGCAGAUGCUUCAAAUUGUGACCGUGCAUAUGAACUUUGCGAGGACCCUCCACGGAUUGUUAUCGAGGCAAGGAGGCCAGCAGCACGUGCACCGCCAUGCCUGGAAUCUGCUCGACGGUUGGCAGAGGAGGCAGUUGCGAUUCACCCGAGAGCGGGCUCGAGCCUUGGACCUGUACGAACGAAUGUGGAGGCGACUCUCCGUCGCUCGAGCCAAGAUUAUCCGUUUGAUUAUCUGGUUCCAGUCAAAUUUCUCCCAAUUUUUGUCCCGAGAUACCGACGAGGAGUUUGUGAAACUGUUCAGCGGAGCGUUGGAUAUGCUGCCGGUACAAUCCAUCCGCGCCCGGGUCCCUCAUCCAGCAGCGAGGGUGGGGACCACCAGAGGAAGAGGAGGAGGAGGAGGAGGAGAAGAAGAGGACAACGUGCGGGGGGGGGUAUCUCUGAUGCAGAACCUUCUUCACGAUCCAUUCAACACGUGGCGAGCGGACAUCUCUCCUCCUCAAGAUCAGACCUCCCUGCAUGACCUAUCUUUCAGUCUGUGGGGGGCUUGGCGUAAACUGUAUGGCCUCCAAUCUCCAGUCCCCAUGACCUUUGAUCAGUACAUCAGUGAACCUAUGGCCUAUAGCCCUGCGUUGUACUUUGCGUCGCCUGAUCCGCUCGAUCACACGCGACCGGCUCCUUCGCUCGACUGCGUGUACCUGUUGAUCGAAUCGCUGGUCUGGGCGAUCGUCGACCUGAAUUGCAUGGAUUCGCUGUGCACAAUUCCUGCGUCGUCCUCCGCAGUUGCGCGCCGUCGCGCGUUGCCCACUGUAGUCGGUGACGGCAGACAAGCGCAGCCUUCGUCUUCCCCUUCGUCUUCAACAUGGCGUCCGUAUCCAGCACGCGCUGCAAGUCUCUCGCAAGACGACUGGGAAGGAUCAUUCAUCGUCGACGUAGGGGACGACGGCAAGCUGGCAAACAUAUUAUUGCUGAACGAAGAGAGGAUGGUGGAGUACUGGAAGGAGGUGUAUGCACGGAAAGACGUGCAGAAGAAAGUAGCAAGCAUGCUGGUGAAGCUGUGCAACCUCCACGAGAGCUUGAGGAGAUGGAUCGCCUCCAGCUUCGCCAGCAAAUCCUACGUGGACCACUUACGAUCCCUCGGAUUCCCAGAGACAGAUGAACUCUUCAUUCUCAUCACACAGACUCAGUCAUAAAGAGAUCAUGUGCAAAUCCUCUGGUGCAAUUUAAACAACCGCCAGGUUGCACUCGCAAAUCCUGAUCCAUAUAUAUACAUAUAUAUAUAUAUAUAUAUAUAUAUAUAUAUAUAUAUAUCGUCAUAUAUAUAUAUAUAUAUUGUUGUCCUCUUCUCCCUCUCUGCCUACGGUUUACCGGGCAGUUCUGUUUGACGAUAUAUAUUACACUGCUAACCCUGCUCACUCUCUCAAGGUAAGGCAGGAGGAUAUAUGUGGAACACCUACAGCGCUUCAUCUGGCACACUAAAUGGGUGAGGCAGUUGAAAGGAUUCCUUGUUUUCAAUCAAUCAAUCAAUCAGCCAAUCAAUC